AUGGAUGCUAAUAACAAGAGGAAGAGCAGCAGCGGGGACAGUAAAUAUCUGCCGGAGUUACUGGCGGAGAAAGACAGCCUGUACUUCUUGUUCACGCACGCGAUGAAACUCCUGAGUCCAGAGAUUGAGGGGGUUCAGAAGGGUGAGCCUAAAAAAGAGUCUGAGACAUACCUGGAUCUGUUCACUGCCAAGAACGUGAGGGUGAAAGAGCGAGUGCUCAUUCCCGUCAAGCAGUACCCUCGGUUUAAUUUCGUGGGGAAGAUUCUGCGGCCGCAGGGCAGCACCAUUAAACGUCUGCAGGAAGACACCGGGGCAAGGAUCUCAGUGCUCGGCAAAGGAUCCAUGAGGGAUAAGAACAAGGAAGAGGAGCUGAGGAAGGGUGGUGAUCCGAAGUAUGCACACUUGGCCAUGGAGCUGCACGUGCACAUCGAGGUUUUUGCUCCCAUUCCCGAUUGUUACCUGCGUAUGGCACAUGCCAUGGAUGAGGUCAAGAAGUUCCUAAUGCCUGUGGAUGGUCAUGAUGAGAUGCAUCCGGAUGCUUUCAUGGAUCCAGGGUUUUUGAAUGGCUCCCAGGAUAUGUCUGGCCACGGCAGAGGUCUCGGUCCUCCUGGUAGAGGUCGUGGUGGCCCACCACCCCCUAGGGGUCGCGGUAUGCCCCCUCGUGGAGCGCCACGUGGAGGAGCUCCAAGAGGAGGUCCAGGGCGCGGAGCUGCAUCACGAGGAGCCCCUGUGGAACGGGGUGGUCCUCCACCCUCCACACCAACCAGAGGAGGAGGUGCCUCUCGAUCAAGACCACCAGCCCCGACUCAGAGGAUGACACCAGCAUCUGCUCUCUCUCACCAACAGCACUCGGCCAAACCUGAAGCUUACGGGGAAUAUGCCUAUGAAGAACCAUAUCCAGAGGCUGCCUAUGAAGGAUAUGAGAGCUACUACAGUCAACCUGCACCACAGCCAGACACAGAGUAUUAUGACUACGGUCACGGUGAGGCACAGGAGACUUACGAGUCUUACAAAGAUGACUGGGAAGGCGCCGCUUGGGGUGGUGCUGGGGGAAAGGCACCGGCUGCCCGCAGGGCAAGUCAUUACGGGAGCACUACUCUUUACGUAGGACGAUGA